AUGGCGGCGGCCUCCACUGAAGAAGGCGGAAAAGGCGGAACUGGUGACAGUAAAGGAGUUGUUCUUCGAGUUACACAGUUGGAUUCCAGUCAGUUAGACAGUGAACUACAUCAACUCCUGAAGGCACAAUUCUACAGGAUUUUCCGCUUUUUAAAGCCUGGGAUACUUGCCUAUAUUGAGCCAGAAUUAAAUGCUCUUCUACGCUUACUAACAUGGCAGUUUUCAAUCAACGCAGUUGGUGCAACGUUAGGUCAACGAAUGAUGAAUCUCAAAUAUAAUAAUGAGAAACUGGUGACCUCUGACCUAGUCAAAUCACAACGAUACCUCUAUGCCUGUGUCCUGAUUGGUGCAAAGUGGCUGCAAGAACGAUCAGCUGACCUGUCAAGUUCAACCAAUCACAUACAAGCUUUCAAACUGAUGUGGAAAGCGAUUUAUCUCUUGGAGAAGCUAUUCAGCAUUGCAUCACUUGUCAACUUCUUGGUGUUUUUACAAGAUGGCCGCUAUCAGUUUCUUCAUGAGAGAAUCUUGGGGAUCCGAGCCGAGUUUGCUCAACGUCAAUCAAUCAGACAGGUGAGCUUUGAAUUUAUGACGAGGGAGCUUCUUUGGCACGGUUUUGCAGAAUUCCUUUUCUUCCUUCUUCCUUUCAUCAACUUCCGAAGAAUUCGUAAUUUCGUUCAACGUCAACUCUUCAGACCUAGUCAGAUUGCUUCCAGUCAGCAUAGAUUAAAGAGACAUUCUAGCCAUUAUACAGAAUGUGGAAUCUGUGGAGAAUGGCCGACCACUCCGAGGGAAAUAGGCUGCUGUCAUGUCUUCUGUUAUUAUUGUAUUCAGAGUAAUUUCUUGGCAGAUCCUUCCUACACAUGUCCACUUUGUUCUCAACCAGUAGAAGAUGUCACAAACAUUCGACCAAUCACAUGUGAUGUAAGAUAACACAUUAUUUGUUCUGACCAAUCAGCCAUCAGUGAGUUAGAUUGGCAUAAUGUCUGGUAGAAGUGCUUGCUUAACUGUUUUUCACAUGACAGCAAUUUACCUAGGGUAGGGACCUUUGCUUAAUUUUAGCAUGGUUGUAAAUAAAAAUGUAGCAUUA